AUGACAUAUCAAUUUGUUCGAAUGAAUUUGUCUCCUGCUUUACCUAGUGUACAAACAUUAAAUAAAUUAAUAUCAAAUAGUGAUCUUAAAAUAAAUGAAGCACAUUUUCUGUUUAAUAAAUUACAUGAAUAUCUUAAUGGAAUUGAUGUUAAGUAUGCGUUUGGUUCAGAGGAUUGUACAGGUGUAACACGAAAAAUAAAUUAUGACCAACAAACAAACUCAUUUGUUGGAUUUGCUACGCCACUUGUUAAUGGAAUACCAGUUUCCAAGUACUAUCAAACAAAUUCCUUCGAUCAAUUAGAAUCAUGGUUCAGCUCGUCAGAUAAAUCAUCUUUAUUGAAUAUACAUAUGAUUCAACCUUUACCAUCGUCAAAUAAUUCAACUGUUCCAUCUGCAUUUUUAUUGUCUGGUUAUGGUGUUGUCAACACUUAUACAUCAAUGGAUAUAUUAAGGCGAUGGUUGUUUAUAUUUGAUAAUUGUUUACAGAAAAAUAUUCGAAUCAUUGGUUUCUCAACAGAUGGUGAUGCCAAAUAUCUUCGUGCUAUGCGCUUAGCAAAUCAUGGAUUGACUAGAAGUGAUUUAAAUCCUAAGGACCGUCAGAAUUUCAAUUCAUGUGUUAAAAUAGUUACAGAUGAUAUAUUGUCUAUAUUGGUUGCUAGUGCUGAUACUUAUGGAACAUUUAUUUAUUUACAUUUGCUGAAAAAAAUAAUAUCGACUUAUAUUGAAAAAACAACAAAAAUUAACGAUCGUUUACAAUCAGCCUGGUGUAUUGUAUUCAUUUGUCGUAUGUGGUGGACUUGGAUUCAACAUAAACAAUUCACGUCAACAACAGCUUCGGCAACAACAAAAAGAAACAGCAAAGCAAAAUUUUUUAUUACAAAAACAGCGUACUUAUCAGUUGAACUGAAUGCUCACAAUCUGCUUUACAUAAUUUUGUUAGUUAAACAAAAGCAAUUACCAAAAGAAGCAUUGAAUGUGUAUUUAUUUAAUUCUCAGUCAUGCGAAUCAAUGUUUCGUAAUGCCAGAUCAUUGAGUGGUACAUAUUCAACAAUAAUUAAUUUUACUGUUGCUGAUUUUCUUAAUCGUUCACAAAAAAUUUCUAUAUUAAAUCGAAUAAAAUGUGAUAAUUUAUGUCAACAAGAUGAUAAUGAACAUUUGUCAUUUCCUAUUCAUCACAAGCACAAGCGUGACAACCAUUUAUUAUCUUUACAAAAUUUAGAUGAUAUUGAUCAACUUGAUGUUGAAAAGAUCAUUUCAGAUGCAUACAAUGAAGCACUUGAAUUAGCUGAGCGUUUAGAAAUAUCAAGAUCACUGCAAGAAAAUGACGUCUUUGACUUUGAUUCAUUAAAUAAAUACGUAUUUCGACAACUAAGCUCAAGCUCCAAGAUGUUUGAUUACUCGACACAAAUAAUAAAUGAUGAUGAUGAUGAUGAAUUCGAUCUUGAAGAAGAAGAAGAAGAAGAAGAAGAAGGACUAGAAGAAAAUGAUAACAAUGAAGCCGUUAAUGAACUUAAUGAUGAUGUCAUCGUUGAUCAAGAAGAUGAAAAUGAUUCUAAUAUGACAACAAUAAAAGCAAAUUUCAAUGGUAUGAAAAUUUUCGAUGAAAUUGAAAUUUGUCGAUGA